GUGAAAGAAAUUCACCGGUAGCAAAAUAAGAUUAUUUUGGUUCAUUAAUAUGUUAAAGGUGUGAUGUGAUUGCAAACAAUAGCCAUGUCUGAAGCUUUAAAUGAUUUAAAAAAGAAAUACAAAGUGCACGAAGAGACAGAAAGCUAUUUUAAGCUAAGAACCGAAAAUGGAAAUAACAAGCCUUACUAUGAAAUGUCAUUUGAUGAAGCCAGGGUUCAAAAAGAAGAAAUAGCAAAACAAUUUGGAGGAGAAGUGGAAUUCGAAGGAAGUGUUAAAGAUUUUACUGUUCCAUCACCAUAUGUUAAGGAAGGAGUUUGUAUUACAGUAUACAGAUCAAAGAAUUGUGCGUUAGUUGUAGCGCCAUCUGUGUUUGUUUACUUCCAUGGUGGAGGAAAUGUGGUGGGAUCACGGAAAACUGUUGAUACUGUGUGUAAAAUAUUUUCUAGGGAUGCCCCUUGUGUUGUGGUAAAUGUAGAAUACAGAUGUGGACCAGAACAUAAGUACCCAGCCAACCAUGAAGAUGCUGUCUGUGUUGUACGAUGGGUCAAAAUGAACAAAGGAUUAAUAGGUGCUGUAAAUGAAAGUACAGUUGGUGUAGGUGGUGAUAGUGCUGGAGGAAGGUUAGCGGCCUCUGUCUGUCAUGAAGAAUAUAAUAUAAAUUAUCAGGUUUUAGUUUAUCCUUCAUUAGACUAUAGAAGAAAAUUUAAUUCAGAUAAAGAGUUUGAGAAGGGCCCUGUCUUAUCUAGUGAAAUAUUACAAUGGUUCAACAGAAAUUAUAUAAAUGAAGCCGAUUUUGAAAAGCCACGAGCAUCACCACUGUUGUAUAAAAGUUUCAAUAAAUGUCCACCAGCGUUGAUUAUAAUGGCAGAAUUAGAUAUGAAUAGAGACCAUGGAUAUGCUUACCAUGAGAAGUUAAAGGAAGCAGGAGUAAAAUCUCAAACAUUUACAGUUAAAGGGGUUACACAUGGUUUCUUUGUUAUGCCAGGACAUUUUAAAGAAUGCUGUCAGAGAGCCCAUGAAAAAGUUUCCAAAUUCAUCAAAGCGAACUCGUAAAGAACAACUUUGGACAGAUUGUAAUAAUAUGUUGCUAAGUUAUUGUCUACAGCAGUGUACCAAUGUGUUCAUUUCAAAUUUAUUUCAUUUUUCUCAUCUUACUAAUAAAACCUCUUUAAUAAUCCACUUUGAACAACUUUAAUAGUAUAUAGCUUACUAGAUAACUGCAGUAGUGCAACUAAUGGAAAUUUAGAGACCAACCAGAGUUGAUAUAUAAUAAACUUUGCAGUAAUAAUGGAUUAUGCUCAGUUCUGUAAUCUGUAAUAUAAAUUCUGCCAAUGUAGGCACACCUCUUCUGAGUAGUUUAAGAGUCUCAUUAAGACAUUAAAUCUUAUAAUUAACACCGUAUUUUACAAAAAUGCCUGAUAAUUUCUGUAAACAUAGUGAUCAGCAUACAUUGUCAUAUUGGACCUUAAAAUAUAAUGGUCCACAGAUAACCUAUUGCAAGGGAAAAUCUCUGCCCACUAUCAGAUAAAUAAUAAUGUGUUUAUUGAGUAAGCAGAUUGAUGGCCCCUUUACCCCUUUAAUCACUCAUUCAAAGGACUUUCAUAAUCCAUUAUGGCUGAUGUGGGAGGAAAACAAAAAAUUAAGUUUUUACAACAAAAGAAAUGGAUGCCAUAUGUUCAUAUGAUAAUAGAUUUAGCCAUUAAGCAUGUUCAUGUAAGAGUAUUAUUCUUGUUCUUUGGCCAGUCAUUAAAAUCAAAACUAUACACAUACCACUGAUCAAAUUUUACAUCCAAUCAUGUUCAAGUCUUUUAUCACAUGACAUAGCCAUCUUGUGUAGUAUUUUUUAAACACUGAGAAACAAAGUUUUAUUGCAUAUUUCCAUUCUAAUUUUAUGUCCUUGCCAAUAUGUGUUAGAUAUUUGAUGGAGUAAUCUACUUACAUUUUAAUGUUGAUUUUAAUCUGUUAUUACAAAUUUGAUUUUUUAUAAUCUAUUUUUAAUGUUUUGCAUAUAAUUGACAAACAUGUGAACAAUCUUUGAACUAAUUAUUGCAGGUUAUUUUAUCUUUUUUUUCUGGUUGAUGAUCAAAUAUGUUGUUUUUUUUUUAUCUGCGACACUUAAAACUACUGAGGCCAUACAACAAUCACUUUUAUAUUGUUGCAUCGGACAUUGUCUCUUACGACUUCAAAAUGCUUCUGUACAAUUUUUGGCCUUCUUUUACUUUAGGGGUCCCUAUACUUAAGGGUUAGGGUUCAUUUAUGGUUAUAUUUAAGUAAUAGGUAAGGAUUGGGUUUAAUGGCUAUUGUCAAGAUUAGGUAUGGGUUAGGGUUAGGGUAAAGGAUGGUUUAGUAUAGCUGUAUAUUGGUUUGGGCACCUAAAGUAAAAAAGGCCCAAUUUUGAAGUAUGGCUAUUCUGCCCAUUUUAUUUAAGGGGUGAUGUAUAGUUCAAUUAGUUUUUUUAUUAAGUGAAAACCGUAACUUGAGAAAAUAAAUAAAAGUUAAAGCAGUUGGAUGAAGAAUCGAGCAUACUCACUAAGCAUUCUAAUUCAAGAAAAGCCUGAAGAACAAUUUGCUUUACUGAUAUUUACUUUUUUUUGCUGUAGAUUUUAUUCAUAUUUUGAUUAAUUUUAUGAAAACCAUUAUUGGGGUAUUUAGAACAAAAAUUGAUAGAAUACUUUUGAUAAUUAUUUGCAUAAUAAGACAUUUAUUGUAAGUGUUUAGUAUAUGAAUAAAAAUAACCAGAGUAAAGAAUAUAAAAUUUUAACAUAGAAAAUUGUUUGAUUAUAAAAUUAGUGAUAGAUUUAUUAAUUAAAGUGUUAAGAAUUGAUAAUAUAGUGAUUAAAUCUAACCUAGUUAGGAUUAUAGAUUAGAAAUUUAAUAUAAAAUGUAGUCAAAAAUCUAGUCUAUAUUGUGAAUAUUCUGUACUAUUGUAUAUUUAUUUUGAUUAUAUCAAAUGAUAUAUUGAUAAGAAAUAUAUAGAACAUUAAUGUAAAUUUUAUUGGAAGUGAAAUCACCGGAAGAGUUCAACAUGGAUUCUGUGACAUUUUAAAGUUACAUUGAUGAGUUAUUUACAAUAAAUUACUAGUAAACACAGAGACAAGCAUGGAGAGAGAAAGAAAGUUUCAGGAUGAAAAUUUUUAGCAAAAAAGAAUUUAUGAAGAAAUACAAGAAAGUUGGAGAAAAAGUAGAACUGGAGAUGGGGAAUAAUGAUUCAAAUUAGAGUUAUUUCCCUUUUGUUAUUUAUUUUGAAGUCUUUUGAGCAUUUGUUUUUGAUACCACAUGAUUAAUGGUUUGCAAAUCUGAAAUAAGUAAAUAUAUGGAACCAAAACCAAAUACUCAAAAAACUUCAAAAUGAAUAACAAAACGGAUGUAACUCCAAUUUCUAGAACUGCGGGUAAUUUCUUUUUAUUGCACUAAGGGCUAUUCCAGAAAUAAAUGUAUGGGGGUGUCGAAAGGCUAAAAUAAAAUUUUAAUUGAUAAUUUCAUAUAAUUAGAAUGUCUAUCUGUCAAAAAUAACCACCACCCAUCAAAUUUUAAUAAAAGUGCCUUCCAACCCCCAUUCAAUUAAGUCUGGAAAAGCCCUAAAUAAAAAUUUGACAUCAUUGGUUUGUUGUCCAUGGUUCAGAGGUACGAAAAACUUGGUAUUUUGAAAAAAAAAAAAAUUUGCCUCAAUAAUUUUGUUUAUCCUUUUUUUUGUGAAAACCUCUUGCAAAAUGAACAAAAAAUAUUUUUUAAUCAUAAAUUCAUUGAUUUACAUGGAUAUUGUAUCAAUAUUAACCAGUUAAUAAGCUGUCUCAAUUUGAAAUCCUACAAAACUGUGCCAUUAUGUUUUACAAUUUUCAUCUUUUAAAAGUUUAUAGUAUAAUAUAUAGUAUAAUACCCCCAUUUUAAACACCUUUUCCCAUUAUUUUAGCUGAAGUGCAACAUAGUUAUUUAUAGAACACAGCAUAGGUUUCAGAAACAAGCUGUACAUAGCUUACAAUAAUCAGUUACCUUUAAUUAGCAGCAACAAUUAACGAUAAAAAUAACAAAGCAUGAAGUGUGAGAAUGAUAGAGAAAAAUGGUAGGAAUGUCAGGAAUGUCAGGAUGAAAUGCAAAUUUAUUUGAGUAUGUGUUUUGUAUUUUAUUGGAAAUAAUUUUAAAACAUGGACAGGAAUAUUUAUUGAGCAUUAUUGUCAUUUGUGAAAGAUCUGCACACUAAAAGUUUGAAUUUUUUGUUAAAGCAUUUAAUUUCCUGAUCAAUCCAUUAUCUUCAGAAUGAUGUAAAGAGAAAUUGUGAUGGUUUUGUAGAAUGGAUUACAGCAUUGUUAUUGUGAUGGCAUACACCUAAUAUUUGCCAAAAAUGUGAUGCAUAGGCAUUUUAAGUAAAAUGUGCAUAAAAACUUUACUUGCAUCACAGGAUAUUAAUGAAAUAAAGUACAUAUUAUCGUCAAUUCAUUAUUUUCUCAAAGCAUAUAAAAUAUGCAAAGCCAUGCAAACUAUCAUGUGCCUAUUUGUUAUUUAAGCUUUUGUAUUUUAUUGUCAUGUUGUAGUUUGUUUAUUAUACAUAUAAUAGCUUCUAGGUUGCUUUUUUUUGUAAAAUUUGUCUGUAUUGUGCAAUUCUUUUGGAAAAUUUUAUUUGUUAAUUAUUGCAGAUUAAAUAUAAAUUUAAAUGCUAUAA